GCCUUUACACGCUCAAGAAUUGCCGGCACGAGACCUUCGAAGACUGCCCAUUCUACGAGCAGAGCCAAUUCGCGUCUGACUCGCGACUUCAAAUGCUCUUCAACUACCAGCUCUCCCCCGAUGACCGCUUAGCCCGCAAGGCAAUGGAGGAGUUCCGCGCCAGCCGCACGCCCGAAGGGCUCGUGAUCGCACAAUAUCCCACAGGGCUCCCACUGAAGCAAGUCCCGCAGUUCUCCCUCUACUUCAUCCUGAUGGCCUACGACCAUAUGCGGUACUUUGCCGACAAGACGCUCGUGCGGAGCUACCUGGGCACGGCCGACAGCAUCCUGAACUAUUUCGAGCAGCGGCUCGACCGCCGCGGAGUGAUCGGCCAGUUCGAGGCGAACAUAUGGCUCUUCGUCCACUGGGUCAAAGAGUGGUUUGUGCCAGGCCAAAUCUUUAAGUCCUGCAUAUCCCCGGCCUACCACUCUCGCGGCGCCGCAACCAUCAAAAGCCUGUUCUACGCCAUGACGCCGCAGCACGCAGCCGAGAUCUGCGACUUCGCCAACCGAACCGACACAGCAACCGAGUACCGAGUCCGCGCCCAGUCGAUCCGCGACGCCGUGAACGCAGCCUGCAGAGGCAGGGACGGGCUCGUCAUGGACGGUCCGGGGGUGGAAGAGUACAGCCAGCACACGCAGAUCUUCGCCAUCCUCUCCGAAACAUUCACCGGCGCAGACGCCACCGCGCUGAUGCGACGGAAGGACGAUGUCAACGCCCGAAGCGACUGCCACGGCUGGAGCGCCUCCCCCCUCAACGAGAUCGUCACGCAGGUCUUCGGCGUGACGCCCGCCCGCCCGGGGUUCGCGCGGGUUCGUAUCGAGCCGCACCGUGCGCUAGUUGAGCAAGCUGAUGGCACUCUAUAUACCCCUGCUGGUGACGUUCGGGUGGGAUGGGCUAGAGACCAGGCGAUUGGGAUCGAGGCGGUGCAGCAGCGCGUCGCUGCUGAGGUUGUUGUGGGGAGUAAGACGUCUGUUGUGGAUCUUGUGCCUGGCCAGGUGGUCAGAUUCUAG